AUGAAGGCGGGAGUCACCACGACAACCUUCCUGGAGGAGCUCCUGAGGGCCUUUGGAGACUCUAACGCAGAACAAGUCGCUGCUGCCCGACUCAUGGCCCUUCGUCAGGGCAGGCGGUCCUUUGCGGACUACAUCUCCGACUUCGAAAUGCUGGCUGCAGACGCGGGGUACAACGUGGUCACCUCCACCGACAGCAAGGGCGAGUACAAGAAGGGGGAUCAGGACAAUAUCCUCAUCGAGUUUCUUGAGCGCGGGCUCAGCAGCGAGAUUGCGAGCCGCCUCUACAACACCGGUGUUCCCCUGCCCAAGGCAUAUGGUGCCUUCAAGAAUUGGUGUGUCAACAUCGAGGCGAACGCUCUACGCGAUCAGCUGCGCAAAGCAUCGCAUGCGCAAUCCGCACCACGACCGCCUCCCCAAUUCCGCCCGCAGGCAGCCCCAAUGACACCUGCACCCGCCCCGGCCCGACCCGCUGCCAACAAACCAGUUCCGAUGGAAAUCGAUCGCACCCACGCCCGCGGCCGCAAUAUCAUCUGCUACAACUGUCAGCAGCCUGGGCACAUUGCGCGGAACUGUCCGGAACCGAGGAAGAAGCGCACGUUCUUCAAUCGGGCCACAAUGCUGGAAGAGAUCGAGAACGGGGACAAGGACAACGAGUUCCUCAAGGAGAUUGCCGAGAAGCUGCGUGAGAAGGGUUUUUGA